AGAAGGCAUUAGAUGUCGUCCCCAGAUGUGAAGGGCGGAAUGGCGGCCUAUACAGGCGGCGCCGGUGCUGCUGCACCUGCCAACCUGAUGCCGGAGGUGCUAUCCUUUGCCCGGAAGCAUGGUCUGGCCACGGGCGCGCAGGAAGAACUGCAGCAGCUGAUGAAUGCAUCUGUCAGCUUGGCGCAGCGGCGCGUCACGGUGUGCGUGCCGGCAACGGUGGCCAACCUGGGGCCGGGCGUGGAGGUGGUAGGCAUGGCGGUGGACAUUUGGGACGAGUUCACUCUGGAAUUUUCGGACCACUUCAGCGUCGAGCUGCGAGGGCCCGAUUCUCCUGAGGUGCCCGUCAAUGAGGAGAAUCUGGUUGUGCAGGGAGCUGCAAGUGCUUUUAAGGAAGCUGGUCGCCCAGUGCCGGCUUUGCGCUUCAUCUGCGAACACCGCAUACCUUUUGACAAGGGCCUGGGCGCCUCCAGCGCCUCCUUCGUGGGCGGCUUCCUGGCCGGCUCCGUGCUUUGCGCCGAGGAGCUGCGCCAACUCUCCGCUGCGGAGGAAGCCAUUUCCGCGCGCUUGGAUCGCACCACCUCCACGGGGAGCGUGGAUUUGGUAGAUGUCUACAGGCCCACGAGUACUGCUGGUGUGGAUGCGCUGCUACAAGCGACGAUUGCCCGUGGGUGGAACCCCGGCAAUGUGUGUCCCGCGAUCUACGGGGCCUUGCAGAUUGGCAUCCACACUUCCAGCGGGAUGCUGUCCCAUCGGGUACCGAUUCCCCACGGCUUGGUUCUUUGCCUCUUCGUUCCAGAUGGCAAGGAGGAGGGCAAAAGCCUGGACAAGGAGCUGGUGGAACGGCAGAAAGCCAUUUGGAAUGUGGGCAGAACCGCGAUGCUGAUCAACACCUUCGCCACCCAGGACUUCUCCAAGUUUCAGAAGGCCUCGGAGGACUUCUUGGCAUUGCCCAUCAUCUCGGAGGAGUUUCCGUUCAUCAAGGCGGUGUGCCAAGCGGCUAUGGGGGCCGGCGCGUCGGGCGCCUGCGCUGCGGGCUACGGGCCCUCAGUCCUGGCGCUGAUGCAGGGCCGGACGGGUGACGUUCUCGCGCAGUCCGCUUCGAACCAGCUGGAGCAAGAUGUGGCUAAGGCAAUGCUGAAAGCCGGCGAGGAUCACGCGGUGCCGGGCCGAAUCCUGAUUGCGAAGCCUUGCGACGUGGGCGCGCACGUGGUGGCCCAGAAGUCGACGCUGGGCCAUUCGGACGCGCAAGCGCGGAUUUCGUAUUUUCAGUAAAGACCUGAUUUGCAGGCGUUAUGCUUGCAUGAUCUCCGUGUAGACACGUAGAAGCUUAAGACAUCGCCCAAAGUGGCGGCGAUGGUUGCACCCUGCUUGAAAACGUCAUC